AUGUCGAAUCAGGAGCUUCUUCCAAUCGAUGUCUCGGGGGACGUGGGUGCUAGAAUCCUGAGUGUCGAUGGAGGAGGAGUACGGGGUCUUAUUCCUGUGCAAUUGCUCAAAUUCUUAGAGAAGCAGUUGCAGAAAUUGGAUGGGGAAGAUGCCAGACUAGCAGAUUAUUUCAAUAUAAUGGCAGGUACCAGCACUGGAGGUCUCAUCACCACAAUGUUAGCCACUCCAGACCCGAAUGACCACAAACACAAUCGUCCUUUUAGUACCCAGAAAAUUGAAGAUUUCUACUUGAAGAAUGCGAGUUUGAUAUUUCCUCAACCAAGCAAAUGGAAUAUUUUUCACGGCAUUUUUGGUCCCAAAUACAAUGGCAAACAUCUGGUCGAUAUCUUAGAACAAGAGAAAUUUCACGAAAGACGGCUGUGUGAUACGGCUACUAACCUGGUGAUACCCACCUUCGAUAUCAAGACGCAGUUUCCUACAAUUUUCGCCAGUCAUGAGGCGAAAGUAGAUCCGCUGAAGAAUCCACAUCUAAUGGACGUAUGCCUCUCCACAACUGUAGCUCCUACCUAUUUUCCAUCUCACCAGUUUACAACAAAUUCCAGUGACGGAAAGACCCAAGUUUUUAACUUAGUAGAUGGAGGAGUAGCGGCUAAUAAUCCUACCUUGAUAGCAAUGAACUUAGUCACUCGAGCAGUUCAUCAGGAUACAAGAAUAGUCGACAAAAAGGUAUUGUAUUGUAUCGUAUUUUGA